CCAACUCCUGACACCAUGGCCUGCUGUCAAACUAGCUUCUGUGGAUUUCCCAGCUGCUCCUGUGGGACCUGUGGCCCCAGCUGCUGCCAGCCAAGCUGCUGCCAGCCAACCUGCUGCCAGACCAGCUGCUGCCAGCCAACCUGCUGCCAGACCAGCUGCUGUGACAGGCCCAGCUGCUGCCAGCCAACCUGCUGCCAGACCAGCUGCUGCCAGCCAACCUGCUGCCAGACCAGCUGCUGCCAGCCAACCUGCUGCCAGACCAGCUGCUGUGGGACCGGCUGUGGCACUGGCUGUGGCCAGGAUUGUGGCUGUGGAGGUGUGAGCUGCCGCACCAGGUGGUGCCGCCCUGACUGCCGCGUGGAGGACACCUGCCUGCCCCCCUGCUGCGUGGUGAGCUGCACGCCCCCAACCUGCUGCCAGCUGCACCAUGCCCAGGCCGCCUGCUGCCGCCCAUCCUACUGUGGACAGUCCUGCUGCCGCCCAGCCUGCUGCUGCUACUGCUGCGAGCCCACCUGCUAA